AUGAUGAUACCUAGAGGCUACAUGCGGACCUUUAUCUCCUGGUUGAGGCUUAUCAUCAGAACUAUCGCAUUUCAGUCAUAUCCGAGUAUCUUCUCUGUCCUUCGGCGAGUGUUUCGAUGCUGUCAAGCCAUCAUUGGUGGAAAUGAGAGAAUAUUUCGAGAACCAGAUUUAGCGUUGGGUUCUCAACCGGCACCCAUCAAUCAAAAGACACCAGCUUCUGUGACACUCGCUGUACCAUCGUUUGUACCUCCACCUCAGCAAAGCGACGGGCGCACUGGCGUGGCCUCCAGUAUCCAGUCCCUGGAUUCUUGUGCGCAAUCGAUUAUUCCUAUGCCCAAGCCCAGCAUCACCACGAGUACCGCUAUGCCCCCGCACAAUGUGGCGCCGAUACAUAGUGUCACUCUAAUUCCUGCCACACCCGGACAAAUUAAGCGAUAUGAUAGGAUAGGAUUGAAUUGUAUGCACAUCAUGUUUUUCGAGUUAUUCGCCUCUCUAAUCCAUAGCUACAGUCAAGGUGAUUGUGCUGUGUACGAAGUUCCGAAAGGUCCUUUAGACUGUUCAGAGGAACUUGCUUUGGUGUCCGGGUGGGAACCGCUCACCCAUCCGGAAGGCGCUUUGUUUUUCUAUCACUCGUAUAAAAGAGUUUUUACUGAUGCUGAUAUUCGAGCACCUGGAAUGGUGGCCAACAUAGGUGAGGCUGUCGAGAGGGCGUACAAUGAAGUAAAAAGCGCAGGCAUCAAACUCCAUUCAUCCGUCGAGUUAGUAUUGGAGCUCAUGAAGGGGCAUCACGAAGAAUGGGGCUAUUACUUUGCCGAUCACGACAGACGUAUCAUUUUGUGGUUCGAAGCUCACAAACCCAGUGAUCUCAUUGGUAACGUCCGAGGCGUGAAGUGCGGUGAUCAUAUCACUUCUUUCAUUGCGCCGCUCCCAGGAUACGCACUAGAAUCACAGUACUGGCUACAUGUCGAACUAUAUCCAAACAAGCGACCCCUUCCAAAAGUUGUUGUUAUGAGACUCAGAGAAAUUGUUAUGUAUACCCAGGCAGACAAUGUCACCUCUGACACAUCCUUGACACCUUUUUCUUCGGAAGAGGUUGCAAGCAUGCUCAGCCUUAUGGAUCCUCUCAUGGACAGUGCUGGCAUUGAGUAUCCGCAUGAGCAUUCUGUAUGGAUUGUUGCUCGAUUUAUGGGAGAAUUCUGCAACGUCAAAUUUGUGAAUUUCUGUGGACAACCGGGUGCCCGGCUUAACGCGGACCAGUCUCUGUACAGAGAUACCAACACCCACUCAAACAAUAUCCUUCUUCGCGUCAUGAAUUUUAUACUGUUUGGAUCCCCUAACGCUUACAACAAGGUUCUUCAAAAGAUCUGGGUCGAUUCUACCAUCGUUCAGCCGCGAUGGAAGAAUUUUAUCAACAGACUCAACAAUGAGUGGAAUGGAUACACGAUAUUUUCUACUGUGAUGCUUGCUGUGGAUAUCAGCUUUCUCACGAUAUCAUCUGUCGAGACUCAAAAGGCUGCGACUCUCGUCUCCUAUAUGUCUACUCUCUGUGUAUUGGGUUCAUUAGUGGUCUCGCUAGUCUUAGCUGGACAAGUUAACGACAGCCGGCGAGACUCCGCUAAAAGCGUGGCCUCGUUUAUGGAAGGGAUAUCGGCUUCUGUGCUCGGCCUCGAAGGCCUUGCUCUCAUGCUAUGUCUCCCAUUCGCUCUUCUGAUUUGGGGAAUGACAUUCUUUGCUGCAGCAUUAUCCAUCGUGAUUUUCAACACUUCUGGCGUCAUCACCAUCUCAAUUAUAUCUCCCAUCUGGGUCGCUAUCUUGAUUCUAUCCACAUGGCCGGAAACCCCAAGGCAUUGGAGCAGCGAACCUGGUAAAAUAUUGGAAGGAAAGUUUGUGUGA